GCAACGGAGCAGUAGACUAAAACUUUCAAUGGCCGCAGAAAUAUGUGGCGCGUCUCUAUUCUUAUCCGCUAAAACUCAGCUGCAAGUGCAACUGCAACUGCAACUGCAACAACGACACCACCAGCGACUCGCGUUUCAACGAAGCAGAACAAGAAAAAUCACUACCAGGUUCCACUCAUCCAAACGCUGCUUUAGUUCCGGCUUUCCAAAUGCUUCCACGUUUCGCCGCAGUGUUGUGUGCCAGGUCGCCAGCACCGACUUCGAAUCCGCCGCCAAAGCCGGCGAGCAUCGACUCUCUAAGGUGCCGGUGCGUAAUAUAAGAAACUUCUGCAUCAUUGCGCAUAUUGACCACGGGAAAUCGACGUUGGCGGAUAAGUUGCUUCAGGUUACUGGCACGGUGCACCAGCGAGAAAUGAAGGACCAGUUUCUUGAUAACAUGGACUUGGAGAGAGAAAGAGGCAUCACUAUUAAGCUCCAGGCAGCUCGAAUGCGUUAUGUGUUUGAAAAUGAACCUUAUUGCUUGAAUCUAAUCGAUACACCAGGUCAUGUCGACUUCUCGUAUGAGGUUUCACGGUCACUUGCUGCAUGUGAGGGUGCUCUUCUAGUAGUAGAUGCUUCUCAGGGUGUUGAAGCACAAACCCUAGCUAAUGUUUAUUUGGCUUUGGAGAACAACCUAGAAAUUAUCCCUGUUUUGAACAAAAUAGAUCUUCCGGGUGCAGAACCAGAUCGAGUUAUCAAGGAGAUUGAAGAGAUUGUAGGUCUAGAUUGUAGCAAUGCGAUUCUCUGCUCUGCAAAGGAAGGAAUUGGUAUAAUUGAUAUUCUCAAUGCAAUUGUUGCAAGAAUGCCCCCACCUGAAGAUACAUCUAAAAGACCAUUGAGGGCUUUAAUAUUUGACAGCUACUAUGAUCCAUAUAGAGGUGUUAUUGUAUACUUUCGAGUUGUAGAUGGGUCUAUAAAGAAAGGUGACAGAGUUUAUUUCAUGGCUAGUGGGAAGGAUUACUUUGCUGAUGAAAUUGGAGUUUUGUCUCCCAAUCAACUUCAAGUUGAAGAACUGUAUGCUGGUGAGGUGGGCUAUCUAUCUGCAUCAAUAAGAACAGUAGCUGAUGCGAGAGUGGGUGACACUAUUACUCACUAUGGCAGAAAGGCUGAUAAUUCACUUCCUGGAUACGAGGAAGCCACUCCUAUGGUGUUCUGUGGCUUGUUUCCUGUUGAUGCUGACCAAUUCCCUGAUCUGCGUGAUGCACUUGAAAAGCUACAACUCAAUGAUGCUGCACUAAAGUUUGAACCUGAGACCUCGAGUGCCAUGGGGUUUGGCUUUAGAUGUGGGUUUCUGGGUCUUCUUCAUAUGGAAAUUGUCCAGGAGAGACUUGAGAGAGAAUACAAUUUGAGCUUGAUAACAACUGCUCCAAGUGUUGUGUACAGAGUAAACUGUGUAAAUGGUGAUACUGUUGAGUGCUCAAACCCAUCUUUACUUCCUGAGCCUGGACAAAGGAAAUCAAUUGAGGAGCCAUUUGUUAAGAUUGAGAUGCUUACACCAAAAGACUACAUUGGUUCACUUAUGGAACUGGCACAAGAAAGAAGAGGGCAGUUUAAAGAAUUGAAAUUUAUUGCUGAAAAUAGGGCAUCAAUUGUCUAUGAAUUACCAUUAGCAGAGAUGGUUGGCGAUUUCUUUGAUCAGUUGAAGUCAAGAAGUAAGGGUUAUGCUAGUAUGGAGUAUACGUUUGUUGGGUACAUCGAAAGUAAUUUAAUUAAACUUGACAUAAGGAUAAAUGGUGACUGUGUGGAGCCAUUGGCCACAAUUGUGCACAACGAUAAGGUUUCCGAAAGAGAAACCUAAUCAAGAACGCUCCAAAUACCACACGUAACAGGUACACAAUAGAGAAAAAAGAAUUAAACUGAGUAUUAUUCACAAAAGAAUGGUCUGUACAACUACAGAUACAAAGGGCUUAACCCCCUCCACAGGACAAAGCUUGUCAACAACCUAACUACCAAAAGUCCCCCCUCCACUAAACAAACAACUAUUUAUACAACUCCUCUCCUAUCCUAAUCCCCUUUCCCAUUAUAUCCAAAUACCCUAUGUCCUAACAUUACCCUCCUCUCUUUCAACAACCUUGUCCACAAGGUUGAACUCAGGAUAUUGAUCUUGGAUAGUCACCAGGUAUAUAACUCCAAUCCUCACAAACCCGAAUUGCUGUUCCAGACGAAUCCCAAUGAAUACCAGACUCAACAUGUUAGCAAGCAAAUGAAUAAUCCCAGCGUGUAACCAAAUGCAAGUGACAAGUCUCCAUCCUUGAUACCCGUUCUUAACAUUAUCCCACCGAAGGGCUCCCAUCUUGGUCAAUGUUGAAUAAGAAGGACCAAGCAACAAAUUCUCCUGCAUAAGUUCGAAGGAGAACCUUCCAAGGAACUUGGCCACGCAGCCACCUUGGGGACCGAGGUUAUUCUUGGGACAAUUGUUGAUGUACAUGGAAAUAACAAAAACAACAAUAUUAGCAAACACAAACAUAGGAACCAGCCAUGAUGUCCAAUGGGUAUCAGCUUCAUAAAGAUUAGAAGACUCAUGCGCAGUGUAGUUUUCCUCUGUUCUGUUGUUCUUGGUUCUCCCAUCGCCAGUCUUAAGAUCUCUUCUGACCAUAAUUUUUUGUCUCUCGAUCAAACCCAAUUUCCAAGUCUCAAAUUUUAUUCUAUAAGGAUGCUUUGUAUCACGAGGUGGUGGUAAGCCCUGCACCUCCUGAAAUACUCGGUAGUGCGCCUGCAGCACUGCCUCCAAUUCUGCUUUCUGCUCACCUGUCAAGUCAACUGGUCCCUCACCAUCCACCUCUUUCUCCACUUGGCCCCGAUCCCAAACCAUCACCCAUGACUCAGCAUCUGUCAACUUUAAUAAAGCCUGAGGUUCAACCAGCUGUCGGGGCAAAGCAGGGUCACCUUGUAUCAUCACCUUCUUACCCUCCAGGUUAUAUCCGAUGGUCAUUUCUUUCCAAUUUAUCAUCACCUCCCCCAAUUUAGCUAGCCAUUCAACCCCCAAGAUGACAUCUACAUCGCCCAGUUCGAAUAAAUGCAGCCUCUCCUCAACUGCUACCUCUGCCAGAAUAAUUGCUACCUUCUCACAACACCCUCUCGUCUCCCUUCUCUGACCAUCGCCCAGACUCACUUGAUAAGGAGGUGUGUCUUCUAUGGACAACUUCAGCUCUUCCGCCAAUCUCCGGCUAAUAAAGUUGUGACUGGCCCAGCUGUCAAUGAUUACCAGUACUCCCCGGUCUCCUAUCAUUCCAUUCAACUUCAUAGUUUUGGGCUGAGUCAACCCCUCCGCCGAGCAAGCAGACAAUUCCAUAGGUUUCAGCUCCGGUUCUACCCCGUCGCUUGCGUCAUCCUCCGCCAAAAGCAGAACGCGUAAACUCCUCUCCGAGCAGCAGUGGUCGGGAGCAAAAGGCCCCCCACAUCGAAAGCAUCGUCCUUCUUUUCUUUUGAGGAAUUUGGGGUAUGGUAUGUUCCGCACCAUCCUUCUCGUAUUAACACUUCCUCUGAUCGUACUCCCUUUCGUGCUACUUGUCGUCGCAUUUCCAUCUUUCCUACCGACCCAUUUCCCUAUGUUCCGCCUGAUCGAUUCAUUGACUGACGAUCGAUCUCGCCUCGUACAACUGUCGUCAUAGUUCGCGCCCCCGCUGGGUUCACCUUAAAGCAGUUCCAACCUCCUCCUCUCGCUCUAGACAUCACGUCUUCCACAUCCCGCACAAUCCUCAUCGCACCCAUCAAUUCUUGAGGAUCUUGAAUGCGAACCUGCCCCUUAAUGUCUUCUCGCAGACCGGUGAGGAAAUAUCCCGACACCAGUUCCUUCGAUAAUCCAUGGGUCUGACCUAAUAAUAUUUUGAAAUUCCUGACGAACUCCUCCACUAAUUUGUCUUGUCGCAGCGUCGCAAGCUGCCCAAACACAGUUCCCCUGAACCCUCCUUCAAACUGACUAAUCAACGCUGCUUUCAGUGCCGACCAAGAUCGGUUCUUGGCUUUGUCUUUCCAAAAUCUAAACCAAUAACUUGCACUACCUUCCAUACUAAUGUAUGCGACCUCCACCUUGUCCUCCUCCGCCACCUUCUGAAUAUCAAAGAAGCGUUCUGCUCUAUUAAUCCAACUGUGAGGCUCCAGUCCUUCAAACGCCGGCAGAUCCACUCGUGUUCGCCAAUUCUUUCGUAUCCCCACGUUAUCGCGUCUUCCUUCAUUGUCAUUCACCGAGCUGUUGUUCCCUUCAGAAUUUCCGUCGUGAUUGUUAGUUGGCCCCCCAUUAUCCUCAUAAGUUGUUGCAGGUUGCGACGCAUAGCGGCAGUCUCCGCCUUUAUCCCCUCCAUCGUGAUCUCAAGAUUCUCCAGUCUUCCCUCCGUAGUUCCCUCCAUCUCCGUCACACGCCCCUCUUGAUCCGGCAGGUCGGACCAAUUGAUAGGUUUCCGAAAGAGAAACCUAAUCAAGAACGCUCCAAACACCACACGUAACAGGUACACAAUAGAGAAAAAAGAAUUAAACUGAGUAUUAUUCACAAAAAAAUGGUCUGUGCAACUACAGAUACAAAGGGCUUAACCCCCUCCACAGGACAAAGCCUGUCAACAAUCUAAUUGCCAAAAGUCCCCCCUCCACUAAACAAACAACUAUUUAUACAACUCCUAUCCUAAUCCCCUUUCCCAUUAUAUCCAAAUACCCUAUGUCCUAACAUACCGUCUCUUUAAAGCUAUGGUUAAAAAAUAAAAGGAAACAAAUUGUACGGCUUUGAUUCAAAUCUAAGUGGUUUAUUUAACUAUUUAAACUACUAUAUUCGAAUCAAUGACGGGUAAAAAACAACAAUCCUUACAAUCCUUACCCUCUUAAUUCCUCGCAUCUCAGCGUUAACUGCUAUUUCACUACACUACUAUCACUGAUUAUUUCCCUUGCACAUACCUCAAGUGCUUUUGCCUCUAAUUGCUGGACUUGAACCAUGAAAUAUCACAAGAUACUAUUUUAACUAUUUAAAAAGUUAUCUAUGGCUCACUCGGUUUACUGUUCACGUCUCACUGCUAGUCCCGUCUGCAUAAGCUAUACUUCAUCAUGUAUUAUAUAGGCUACACCAUUAUAGUUAAAUUUGGGGCAUAUGUUGUGAUUAUACUUUUUAAUUUUGAUGUCUACAAAUUAUCGGAAAAUCAG